AUGUACAGCAUGAUCCUUAGCAACUCAACUGUCCGAUCUUCCAGUAUGAAUCUACCAUCUGUCCUACGUCCUGGAUGGUAUUAUUGCCACGUUUGUCAAAUGAAUAGUCCUCCUCGUUCCCAUCAUUGCCCAGUGUGUGAAGUUUGCGUCAUCAAGCGGGAUCAUCAUUGUGUUUUCACUGGCAAUUGUGUUGGCUUUCAGAACCACCGUUAUUUCAUGGUUAUGGUGUUGUAUUUGUGGAUAGGCUGCGUCUAUGUUAUUUUAUUUAACCUGGAUUACUACUUCAAUGUUUUGGGUUAUCCAAGCUUUACUUUGAUUUUGAAGUUAAUUUUUCCUGGCUUGGCAUGGACACUUGGAUAUGUCACCAUGUUUGAGUUGUCAAUUUUGAUUGUCAGUGGAGUAAAUUGUAUGGCUAUGUUUCUUUUUACAUGUCUGUUAGGCUUUCAGUUCUUCUUUAUAACAAGAGGACAAACACAGUUUGAAUGCAAGAAGAAGAUCCGUGAAUAUGCUUUAAGCUUUUCGGAAAAUUGGAAGAUAGUUCUUGGUGAGAAAUGGUAUUUGACCAUGCUUUCGGCAUACAUCAAUUCUAAAUUGCCUGGAGAUGGAACUGAUUUUAAGAAGUCAAUGAUUGAUAUGUCCCCUGUUAGUGAAUCUGUUAAAACAAUUCUAAUUGUUAGUAGGUUAUGUUAUGAUAAAGUAAGCAAGCCUCGAUUUGGAGUUGCGUUGCUUUUUUACAAAGUGUGUUUCUUCACUUCAAACUUUGACUUCAUGAUGUAA